UUGGGUUGUACAAAUCUGGAAAAGAAUUUUAGUCAGCAAUCUGCUAUCAUUGAAAAAAGGAAAAAAAAAAUCUAGUUGUCAUGUCUUGUAUUUGUUAUUUUUUCAGUUCUUUUACCUGUAUUCUUAGUUUUUCUCCGAAUGAUACUUUCUGGCCUUCUUGCAGAAUUAUAUUUAAGCCAUCAUGUGCUGAUUUAAAUCAAACUAAUUCUGGUACCGGGAUGAUUACAGGGAGAAGGAUUACAGGAAGAGAAGCCGCAGCAGAAGUAAGGGUAGAUAUGAAAAGGAACGGCAUCGUGGCAGGCAUAGGGAUUAUCGCCGUAGAAGUUGGAGCCGAAGCAGAAAUCACAGUCUUAGUCAUAGGUAUCACAGAGACCGUGGAAGAGGCAAAGAUGAUGAUGAGAGGCGUAGUCGAAGUCGGUCUUAUGGGAGUCCUUCCCCUGCUCGACGUAGUCUUAGUCCCCGGAGGAGCCCAUCUCCGCGUCAAACAACUUCAAGGGGUGGAAGUCCAGAUGCUCUCUCAAUUGCAAAGAGCGGUCUCCAACCCCCAAAAAUUCUCUCCUCCUCGUCGUGGUACUGAUUCUCGUAGCCCUACUCCUCGUUCUGAUGCUGAUGAGUAAGAGACUGAAGUGCAGUUUGAUGGAUUGGCUUGCAGCUGUGUGCGGCUGCUUUUGUCUUUCAGAAUAUUCAGAUAUAUAGUAUCGUCUCUCAUCUAUUUAGUGGUCUCUAGAACUGAUUUCCCUGAACUUAUUCCUAAGGUUGAACUCUUUCUUGUACUGGAUCGAUGGUUUGUUUUGAUGAUAUCUGCAUCUAAUUUAUGCAGUUUGACAUCAUAAGAAAUGUCUUACCCCCUUGCUUUAUAAAUCUACAGUUUCUGUAAUGCUUUGAAUUUUAGCAUCCUUCGUAGUUUUCAUCUAUAAAUUUGCUUUGCUCUA